AGGGGCGCGCGGGGCUUGGGGCUCCUUCGUCUUGCAGCCCCCCCCCGGUCGUCUUUCCGACACCCCAAAACCAUGGAAGCGCCUCCUCAGGGGAGCAGCCAGGUGCCUCCGAUCGCAACGACGCCACCGCGCCCCAGAUUGAAAGAAGAGCUCCUGAGCCAAAGUAGCAGCGGGACCCAAAUCUCCAACACCAGCGGUGUGUCCUUGGGAGAAGCAAUUAGGCAGAGGUCUCUUAUGACUCAGGACCCGGAAGCCUGGUAUCGUCCUUGUGCCGAAACAGAUAUCAGCAAUCUCGUGGGUUGGAGGCUCGGCCAGACCCCAGGGGGCUGCAACACAACAGAAUUUCCCACGAUGGAGGAAGGCCUGCUCACUCCCACUGUGAAUUUUGGAAGACCUCAAGCGUCUGAAAUGACCCACUCCCCCAUCCUGGAAAUGGCGGAUAGCCAGCUGUCUCCCAACCUCCCGCUGAUGACGACAAACGCAACCCAAGGCCAGACGUUCUUCAACGAGACCGUCUUUAAGCAAGCAGGCUUGGAUUUUGCUCCCUUGAGAGCAACUCCAGAUGUUUCAGCUGCAGCCGUCCAGAGACCCUCGGCACGUUUGCAGAUCAGCGAAGCUGUGCAACUGACAGCCCGAGAGGUCGGCCCCGAAUCCUCCGGGGAGGCCUCUCUCUCCCAGCAUCCCCUGGCUUUCAACCUCACGGCUCCAAACAACACCAGCCUAGGAAGCUAUUUAUCGCAACACCCUCUGACUUUUUCAGCACCUGCGGAGCCAAAGGAUUGGCCAGCGCUUCACGCUGACCUCAGUGCCAAAACCUCGGAUCCCAAGGAGGAGAAUUCACGGGUGCCGUGUCCACCGAUGUGGCCAAACCAACCCGUGGCCACCCGGCAUCUUCCGAACGAAAAUUGGAGAGCUGCACCCAGCCAAGAUUUGUUCCUUUUGGACAACAGCCUGCCAGCUCCUCUCCUCCUUGACUUACUGGAGGAUGACAUGGGUUUACCCAAGCACGAUGGCUUCCUCUCUUCCGGAAGCUCGUCUUGUAAAAGUGGCUUGGGAAAGGAUCCGGGAGAAAACGUAAUUAACCGGCUAACGGUGAACGUGGACCUGUCGGAAAGCGCCCCCAAAUUGAUGCUAGAACAGCGCCAGUCGAAAGGCCAAACCACCCCUCCACCGGAGUCACCCCGACCACUUUCGGAUGCGGCAGGGAAGCCCUGGAGACGGGCCAGCGACCCAGAAACUUUCUCGGCAAACCUUUCUCCGGCCUUGAUGUCCUCCAGAGCUCGUAAGCUUAGUUCGAUGGAUUCUUCCAUGAUUCCCGAGAGUCCUCCGACCCCGAAUCGUCAGCACGCGGGCGAGAAAUUUCAAAGCGGGGCCGAAGAAGACCAACGAAAAUUUACGCCGGCUCCGGUCGAUAGUAAACCUCGUGCUUCGGCCUCCUUCCAGCCAAUCCCGGUGGCCGCAGACGUCGGCGAGCGGACGGAGGCCUUGAAAGCCAUCCUGGCCAGCGUGAGCAAAAACGAACUAACGCUCUCUGACGGGAGCGUAGAGAGGGAGCCCAGAAAUACUGGAAUCUCUCCUUUUGACGAGGCGUCCUUCUCUGUACACCUGGCUCACCCAAUCCAUCAUUCCACCCCCGGGUUUUGGACAACCAGAAGCUUGAACCGCGAAGGGCCCGGCCCGGCGUUGCCGUCCCGAUCAGGGCUUCAGCGUCCUCUUUCUUGCUUGCACGAAGAGAUGUCAAAGACCCCGCACGCUGAUGCGCGCAAUUCUUCGGCAGUGGAGCCUCGUGGAAACCCCUGCCCCUUUCCCACGAAAGAGAGUUUUACGUCGCACGGCACCCCAGGUUUUCAAAAUGACCAGUUCUGCAACAGUUCUGCCGUUCUGCAGCCUCUGAAAGGCCGGAUUCAGUCCAUGCCUUCUCUGAAUUUUAUGGAGAAGGUCGGAGCGUGGCACCUGAGCUAUUCGGCUGAGAAGCUGCCUGAAGUGUCAGCAGUUCCCAGUUCGGGUACACCCGUACCUGGUCCCAGUGGCGUCUCCCCCAGGCAGAAGGCCUACGAUGCGAUCGCCGAUUCCUUGAACCGCAUCCUGCUCAAGCAGCAGAGUCUAGCUGACCUCAAGGCUGCCCCUUUUUACGGGCCGAGCUCCAUGACCGAUCUUCACAGCUCCCAGAACGAGCCUCCUCCGCGCGCGUUGCCCUUUACCCGGUCGCAGUCGGAAACCUCGGUGAGCGCCCUCAGCCGAGAGAUUUCGAGGACAGAUAUAGGGAAUGAAACCAGAUCUGACGACACUCAUCGACGAGCCGACGUCCACGCCGACCCUUCGACGGCCUCUCGGAUCAAACCGACGAUUGCAGCUGAGGAAGACUCACUUUCCCGACGGUACAAAGCCCUUCCCGUCUUCAUUACAGUCUCCAGCGACGAGGAAAGUGUUAGUACGGGGAGACCUUCGGAGCCCCUCAUCAAAAGCAGAAGGGUGGCCGAGCUCCUGCGAGGAGAAACCAGCUCAUUCGAUGGGAGCAAAGAAGAAUUGGGUGGCCCCGAAGAGAAGACGAGAGAAUUGUUGGGCUGCGGGUUUCAGGCCGGUCAAAUGAGGAUGGAUUAUUUUAGAGAUCUUUCCCCGGAUCAUUUCAACCAAGGGACCGAUUCCGGAACGGACAGCUGUACGGAUGUGAGGCUGUCUUCCAGACAGUCUUCCAGAUCUUCUCCGGCUUUGAGCAAGUUGCACAGCAGUUUGGAAGAUGAACUGCAAACUUCCAAUCACAGCGAGCUCAAUAUUGAUGAGAGAAUACCGGUGUACCUCCACAACCUGGGCAUCGACCAGUCGCCUUCUUCUAUUCUGACCCCCUUUAUGCCUCGGGGACCCAUUCGAGAGAUUGAAUUCUCUCCGACUGAGCUCCGAACGUUGAAAGCCUCGUCUGACUUAUUCUGCCUGCACCUCUCGGAAGACUCCCAAUCUGCCACGCCGUCGACCUUAAACUCUUCGCUGCUCAGUGGAUCCACGCUGGCAGGAUCGGCGGUGGUCUCGGACACGUCGCAACCCGCCAAGCGUUCUCCGCCACACGCCAGAGGUCUCCUCCAGCCGAGCAGCUCUCCCUGGAAACCUCAUGCCGUCACACCGCCUCUUGCCGCCUCUGUUCCCGAGUGCCCAUCUGCUCUCGUUUCAACCGAAGAGACUCAAGUCGUCCAAGGAUCUCCCUCCAACUUAGCCGAGCAAAGAUCUACCAUACAUGUGGUGUCGCCGGAGGACAAUUUAGACCCAAACCAACUCGGCGCGAGUCGAGUAAAAUCCGGCUCUUCGUCUCAGGACAAUGAUGAAAAGCCUGCAGGCGAAGAAGUCCAAUCUUCCAGCGCGAUUCCUGGUGGAGAAAGAGAGGAUUCCUUCACAGGGUCAAACGCUCCAAAAGAGAGCCAGAAGCUUCCAGCAGAGGUAGACCUCAAACCUUCAAGCGAAAAAUUCAGAUCUCGUUUAUCCCUCUCUUCUUCCGGCUCGCUAAAACAGAUCGAUCGCAGCGAUUUAUCCGGAGGUCCCGGAUCCAUCGAGAGAAGCACGCUAGGGAUUCAAAGAGGUUGGUCAUGGGAUGAGAGCAUGGCCAAGCAGGAGAUCAGUGGUAGCUUAAAAUGGGAAGUUCUGCAAAUGGUGGACUUAUUCAACAAGGAGCCAGUGGUACCUCAAGAACUCAGGUCGGGAUCCCGGAAAGCGAACGAAGACCGUGAGAUGACCAAACCCAUCACGCGGUCAGAUCCGGAAGGUUGCACCAGGACGGCUGUGAACCAGAGUCUUCCCAUUCCAACAGGCAGCUGUCCAGACAUUCAAGCAAGCCCUUCUCCAAACCUCCAAGAGAUCCAGUCCGUCUCCGAUACGGACGACGUGGCUAAACUCUUGACAGGUUUUUCGCGCGUCGAGGAGAAAGUGAACGAAAGUCGUCCGAAAGAGAUUGGCGGCUCGCAGGAAAGCGCCAACAGCAGCAGCACCGUGGACUCUCUGGGCAUCAGAGUGAAGAAACUUCUCCAGUAUGGAUCUCCUGCGAUCCACAGAGCGCCUCGGAUGGAGGUGGCGGAGGAACGCGAUGGGUCAGGCCCGAAAGAGCCCUCCGUUUCGUCCACGGGCUCAGCAUUGGGCAGAGGGGAAGUGGGUCCCCAAGAAAGCGAUAACGGCAGCAGUAUGGACUCGUUGGCGGUACGGGUCCAAACCCUCCUGGAAGAGGAACAACCUGUGCUGCAUGCAUCUCAGAUACUCCGCAGCGUAGAGGAGGAAGAAGAAAAAGCUCGCGCCUGGGUGAAACUAAAACUGGCUACUGAACCUCAGUAUUUCAUUCCCGAAUUGACCGAAGAAGACCGGCGGAUGAUAGAACGGAUGAAGAGGGAGCAGCUUUCAUCUUCUGGACAAACGGAACAUCUGGAGAACCAGCAGUGGAGAAGCAGCGUCCAGAGACUUCCAAACUCCAACCCGGCUGCAACAGUAGAAGCGGGCUCCUUGCCAAACCCAAGAGACCACAACCUGCAAACAGCCCUUCAGAAAUAUGGUUUGCAGCUAGCCAAGUUCUCCGGGGAAAAUGCAGCACCUGCGACGGAUGGCACCUUAACAGCCGAGCCAGAGGUUAAACUCUCUCGCAGUGCCCAGAUUCCUGACUCCGGCCAACUGCAGCCACUUCCCGGUAAUGCCUUGGACUCCAAAGCCAGUUCUCACCUUCCCUUGGACACACAUCUCCAAAGCGCCUCAAAGGACCCCGCGAAAGAGGACGGGAACGUAGCAGCCCCGCUGGAGGUCUCCGAGAGCGCCACGUCCGUCGAAACUGCCAUUCAAAUCACCUCGAUCACUUUCGCCUCUCGGAGACGGUCACCUUCUCCCGCUUCCCGCGUCCCCCGGACCCUCCUUGCUGACAUUCAUUCUCGUGAUCCCAUAUCUCCGGAAAUCCGGCCUGCGAACCAGGAACGGCCGCAGUUGGAUAACUCACAGCGGCAAAGUUACCAAGCUCGCCCUUCUGUCGCCGUUGCUUCUGCUCGCACUUCCGAGGAGAAAGUUGCAUCUCCAUCUCCAAAAGUCUGUCCUCCUCCCCCCGGGUCUAUCAAGGUGGCCAGGGAUGACCCUCGCCGAGAAGAUCUGGGCCCUUCCCUGGAGGAAUCCCCGAGAAGAGAUGUCGAACCGAAGAACCUCGUUCAUGAGGACAAGCAAGCUUCGGAUCCAGCUCUCGCCGAGCAGAGGCGAUACGCAAAAACGCUGGAUGAUAUUUACACAUUCAACCCGGAAAGUUCGGCGGCGUUGCCUCCGCCAAAGACAGGCGAUGUGCGUCCCCAGAAUUGCUCGGCAGCUGAGGCCGGAAGUGCUCCGAAGCCCCUUUUUCCUGAAGGCAAAGAAAAGACGUGGAAAAGAGAAGAAUUGCCUACUUCUGAUUCCUAUUUACACAAGCCCUCGGCUUCCCUAGAUUGUAUUUCCACAGCCGUGCCAGUGUCGCCUACGUCGCCCACCAGGAAAGCCCUGUCUGGUGUCCACCUGACCCUCUCUCCAAAGCGAGUGGAAUUGGACCUUUUGGGACCGGUGGACGUUGGUCCAGAAGGGAGAGAGGUCGUGGUUCUGAAGCCAACCGCUUCCGAGGUUCCCAGUCGGUCCUUAGAAGCUACCUCCAAGCCCACAGAAUCUAAGCGAAAGUCUCCAGGAUCCUCAUACUUCCCCCGAGAGGCAUCAUCUCGAGAUGUUCCAAAGGGGGAUAAACCAGCCCUACAGCACGCUCAAGAGCCCCGGCCAAGCCGAGAUCGUGUAGCAGCAGACGCCGGGACUCUGACUUCAAGGGCAAAGGACAACUUGAAGACGACGGCUUCUUCCCAAACGGAAUGGAUGUCUUCAGAUGCCAUCACUCAAAUCACAACAGAAAGCCCUGAGAAGACCACCUAUUCUGCCGAAAUCUUUGUCACUGCUGAGAACGGGGAAGCUCCUUAUCCCAAGAGUCACAAAACCCCCAACGACACAAUGCUCGGUAUCUCCAAGAUCUCAGUUCUGGACAGACCAACCCGAGGCCGGCCAUUGGUCCUGCCCUACAAACCUCCCGGCUGCUCGGAGGUGUAUUACGUUCCCUGUGGAAAAGAAACCUUGAGAAUCUCACGUGUCCGGUCUGAGACCACUGUGGAGAGCUCCCAUUCAGGCUCCAACGAUGCCGUCCCUCCAGAUUUCCCCCCGCAGGUACUGGGUUCGAGGAAGGAUCAUCCUUCAGACACAGCAAUCGUCAAACACAAAGAGGGCAUUUAUAGUAAGAAGGCCGCCCCCAGAGUGGCCUGGAUGGAGGAGAAAGCAGCGACGGCGGUCGGUCCCAGAGGAAGCUGCAGCAGCCGGAAUUCCUUGGCAUCGCUCAAAACUUCCCAGUCUGGCUUUGAAUCUGCACAGCCUCCCCUGAAGCCGACUUUGCAAGAUGACCCAGAUUCCCCUUCCGGCAGCAAGGCUUUGGGGCAGGUUGAUGCGCCUUCCAGGGGUCCGGGCCCUUCCCCCCAAGGUUUACUGCAGCGUAAGGGAACCCUAGAAAGCAGCCCCUCACCAUCGCCCCCUCUGCAUUUGGCCCAAAGGGAAGAACGUUUUAUCCCGCUGACCGGCGAGGUCGAUUAUAGUUUUCUUGAGGAAAUAAAAUUCAAGCACGCUUCCAAACGAGACUUGCCCGAUGCCCAAAAAACCAGCUUUGGAAGAGUGAGUCAACUUCCUUCGGGAAGCCAGACGAUUAAGGAGAAGCAGGUGGCGGAUCUAACAAGGCGGCCAAGCUCCCAUCGAACCAGCACUUUAGAUGAUCUUUGGGCCAAGUAUUUGGAGCGACAGAACCACCGGCAGCAGGGGAAGCCCAUCGAAAGCAACCACAGAACCGAGCUAUCGCUGGUGGAGCGACUGGACCGCCUGGCCAGGCUCCUGCAGAACCCCCUUCGGCAUUCCCUGGCCCUUGUCCUGGAGGACCAGAAGGGCAACCAGAAGGAACCCAGGAGGAAAGUACCAAGGCUCAGCAGCCCUCGAGACAAAAAGAUGGCGGCCAGAAAGAAAGUGGCAUCGCGGCCCAGCACAGAAACAUCGGAGGAAGCCCUCGUUGGCCACAGCAGCGCCUGCCAGUCCAAAUCCAGGCGUCCGAAAACCGGACACUGCAGGGCUGUUGUACCUGGACAUAGGAACUGGGAUGGAUCCCCGACCUCCAAGGCGCCGAGCGAGACGUCUUCCGACCUGAGACCGGGGAGAGACGCCAGCGUGAUCACCGACGUGACCUCCGAGUCCGAGGGGACUCGGAUCGACACCGAAAGCGCCACGCAGACCGAGACCAGCGAGUCGGUGUCGACCAUCAACACGGCCAGGUUGAUCAGAGCUUUCGGGCAGGAGAGGGUGCAGGUGUCUCCCAAACUGUCCCAGCUCUACAGCACCAUCGACUUGCAAAAGACGCGUUCGGAGACCUGGACCAAGCGGGGCAAGAAAGCCAAGGGGGAGGGCUAUCCGAAAAUGGUUCACAUAGAACAAACAAGGAGAGAGGAUCAGCCCAGCCCGUCUUUCACAUCCUCCGACUCCGCCUCAAGCCUUGGCAGUUCCCGCGGGCCCAGCCCGGCUCUGAGCAGCAAACGGAUGUCCAAUAAGGCCGUCCAAGCAGGAGACUUUGAGAUUGUGAACAGCGCCACCAAGAAGCACACUCGCGACGUGGGCUUGACAUUCCCCACCCCGACCCAAAGCCAAGCCACGCUCCAGGGAAGGGCCGCUAGGAGCAGGACGGAGCACCGGCUGGCUCAGCACCAUGGGCUGUCGGCGGAAGACGAGGACCAGCAGACGUGGCAGCCGGGCGGCUUCCUAGAAGGGAGGAGGCCCAGAAGGAGCCGGUCGCAGUGGAUGCAAGGAGUAUCUUGGUUCGUCCCGGCAGCAGAUCUAAAACCGGAUCCCCUGGAAGAAUCCGGGGGUGGCUUCCUACCCGGUCCUGCUCUCGCGUGGUCCGAGCCCCCACCCACAAGAAAUCCCUGGCGAGAACCUCUCCGCGAGCAGAAUUGGCCGGAACGUCCCGGGGGCCUCCAGGUGCGUCUGGCAGCUCCAGCAAGAGAUGCUGAGAAUGAGCCUCCCUCACCUUUGAGUAAAAUGACCUUGCAGGAGUCUCUGGCGAUGCACCGUCCCGAUUUCAUUUCCAGCUCCGGGGAACGUCAGAAACGCCUCAAGCUGCUGGUCGAAGAAAGGAAGCUGCAGGGCGUCUUCCAGGGGGAGAGGGAGCGGUUGUUCAACCCCCCCGAUGGGAUGAGCUGUAGGAACGCGGGGGGUCUUGCGAACCGAGGGUAUCGGACGAUUCGGAGCAGAGCGAUUUCCAAGAACGAAAUGGUUGAGCGGUCCAAACGCAUCUACGAGCAGCUGCCCGAGGUGCGAAAGCGACGGGAAGAAGCCAAGAGGAAAUCGGAAUAUUCCAGCAACCGCUUGAAGGCCCAGCUGUACAAAACGAAAAUCACCAACCAUAUCUUGGGAAGAAAAGUGCCCUGGGAAUGACGCAGAAAGAAGGGAAAAAAACCCGAGCGACGGACGUCCCUGUUUAAUAAACCUUAUCGCACGAA